GCUGUCUGGAAUUGAUAGCAUUUCACUGGGGUAUUUCCAGGCAGUAGAGAAAAGGCACUAGGACGGGGUGAGCUGGCCUGAGCACCACCAUCACCACCACCACUACCUACGCCACAGAGGACGGAGGAAAAACAGGACAAAAGAAAACAGUUAUGUAUUGGUGGUGGGUGACGGAGUCGGUGAAGCUCCCCUACCUGAUAAUGGUGGGGUUCAUCUUCACUGGCUUCUUCCUCUUCUGCGUCUGCUUCUGCAUCGAUACAACAGUGAAUAGUAGUAAGUACGAGAACUUGGUUGACGGGGGCAGCCACAGCAAGAAGAAGAAGAAGAAGAAGAAGGAGACAGGGAUGAAGGAAAGGACACAAGAUAUAGAGUUGGACACUUUUGGCCAAUCCUCCCCUCCGCCUUACACGCCAAGAGGUUUUAGAAUUGAAACUACCUGGGGAAGAGAGGAGGACGACAGCAGGAACACACCCCUGGUGCUGAGGGGGUCGGCAGCACCGUGGGAGGGCAAGGCGGAGGGGGGAGCGCGGGCGGAAGAGUGACAGGGGCAGUGUAACAUCGGGAAGCAGGGGUGGACAGAGUUCCUGGGCUUACGUCAACUUGGCUUUCGAGAAGGAUGCCGACCUGAUCCUCUCUCCGGGGACACUGAAGAAGAGGAUGGAGGAGGAGAACGGCGGCGGAGAAGGAGAGAAAGGGAGAGGAGACUUUGAAGAAAGGCGACACCGUGGAUAAAUUGAAGGACGUAGAGAGGGAAAAUGAGACGGGUGGAAAGUCAGGUGACACUGGAACUAGGAGAAAAAGUGAAGGAAGGGGAUGUUACUGGACUACAGACAUUUCGCGGCGUGAAAGGAAAUGAAGACACCGCCGCUCAGAGUGACAAGACCACAGGGGACAAGAGAAAGCAACACUUUGAGGAAGAAAAAGAUCUGGAUAAGCUCGAGUAGUCUGAAGAAGAGUUCCAGCGAGGGAGGCGAGAAGGGAGACGCUGCGAGGAGUGAGAAUGAGCGGGAUCGUGAACCUCUGGCAGAUGGUGAAGAGGGAGCUGAAGGAUUCCGACUGAAACACUUGACGAAGGAAUGGGACAACGACGUCAGGGGAGGAGGAAGUAAAGCAGAAGGAGGCGAAGGCAAAGACGAAGGAGAAGGAGAAGGUAAGACCGGUAGCAUCGGAAGAGGAAAGAAACAAACUAAACGUGAAAAUCAAGUGACAAAGCAAGAUGAGAAAGACAUAGACAGUGAGGGCGAGCAGAGUGCCUCACCAAGUCCCCGCAGAUCUCCAGUCCUCCUCUCCCGCUUUUCCACGUCCACCAAAUUACUGUUGCCUCAGGAGGAAGAGGAAGAGGAGGCUGAGGAGGCAAGCCGCGCAAGGACCCUGGACCGAGGCUACACGCACACACUCACCUUAGAGCGGAGGGGCGGCUGGCGGGAAGGACAAAUCACCUUCUUCGACGAGGGAAAGAAGAGGGAUUUUAAUUAUUUCUCUGCUCGAUAAUCUCUUCCUUGGUUCACUCUCCCUCUCCCUCGCCUUCCCUCCUCCCCCGCUCCCUCCAAUCCUGAUCUUUUAUUCAAUUUCUUUACUGGAUUUUUUUAUUUCUCAUCCCUAGGUACAUCUUCACUCAUUUUAAUUCGCCUUCUCUUGUACAAAAUUCCUCUCACUCUCUCCCUCCAUGCCUCUGAUUCUUUCCUUUUGUUUUUUGGCAUUUUCUCUCAUUUCCUGGUGUAAUUUCCUUCUUGUUUACCUUCACUACUUCUGGUUUCCUUUCUAUCUUGUACUCUGCUAUAUCUCUUUUCGCUUUUUUUUUUUUUUUUGUUAAUUUCUGCUUUCUUUAUUUUGUAUCCUUUCUCCUCUCGUUUUCCUUUACUUCUGUCAAGUGUUUCCUGUAUCUAAUCCCCCUCCUAGUACUUUAUCCUUUCUUUCUCAAACCCCUUUCCUGCUUAACUUCUCCGUUAUCCCUUCUUCCUGGUAAUUUCUCUUCUUCCAUCUAUAACUUUUCUCUCUAUCAUCUGUUCCUACUACCAUUCUACUUUUAAACCUUCAUUCCUAGUUUAAUUUCCAUUUUCACUUUUAACUCCAUCCCUCCCUGUCUCUCUAUUCUUUCCACUACACUGCUCUUCCUUUCCUCCUCUCCUUCCACCCUCUCUCCCUCCACUCCCUCUCCACCUCUAUCACGUGGACUGGACUCUCAUCUUUACCGUUGUGAGAGAAAAGAUUAACUCGUGUUACAGUUUAUAUGGAGAUUUUUAGAUAUGAAAACGACCGUGUAGAUUUUUCCCCCAGCUCCAGAUUAUCGAAAAAGUAGAAUUAUGUGAAUUUUGAAGUAGGUUUUAGAUUCCUCGUAUCCUUUCAGACAUUUAAUCAUCCUCUGUGACAUUUAUCUGGUAGUCUCAUUUUGUGUGUGUGUGUGUGUGCGCGUGCGGGGAUUAUUUUUAACUUUUUACACCACACUGCAUCUCUACACGUGUAUAUUUUAAUUGACUUGCAUUGAUUAGUUCAUUUUUUUCGUUGUAUUAAUACUUAAAGAAAAAAUAUUACCAUGAUA